AGCUUGUCGGUGGAAGCCUAAGAGAGGAACGUCAUGACGUUCUAGAACAAAGGUUGAAAGAAUUUAAUCUGAUACAAGAGAAUUAUCAGUGGUAUCUCGACUCGCGUAGAUACGGAACGGCUCCUCACGGCGGAUUCGGGCUGGGAUUUGAGAGAUAUUUACAAUAUUUAACCGGCGUAGAGAAUAUCCGCGAU